UCCCAGCUAAUGAGCGGAGAAGCGGCGAAGCAGCACAGCACUGAGGCAGGGGGCUUGUGCGCCUGCCUGCAGAUCAAUAGCAUCUGCAGACAGGAGUCUGAUUUCCACAUCGCAGCUCCCUCACUGCAGCAGAGGCGGCACGGGAUCGCCGACAGUCCAGAGCUUGCUCUCCUCCUUCCUCUCUGGCUUGCCUUGCCCUUCCCAGCGCCAGCAAGGAUGUACAGCUGAUCGCUUUUCUGGCUUUCUACAUAGAAAGUGCAGGCUUUCUCCAGUAAAAGUUUUCCUCUUUAACACGAGGGGCGUAUUCCGUCCCCACCACCACCACCACCACCCCUUCUCCGGAGUGCCUCAGGAGGGACGCGAUGCUGGGCUUGGACGUGUGUGGGCUUGGGGGCCAGGUUCUGGAGCUCCUGUGGCUCACCGUCUGCUACAGAGACAUCAUGGCUGACAAAGAGGCAGAGAAGCACAUUGCGGACGAGGAAGAGGAGACCGAGCUGAAUUACCAGCCUCCGGCGCAGAAGUCCCUGCAGGAGAUCCAGGAGCUGGACAAGGAUGACGAGAGCCUGAACAAGUACAAGCAGGCGCUGCUGGGGUCCGGCCCAGUGGUGGCAGACCCCACUGUGCCCAACGUUGAGGUCACAAGGCUGACGCUGGUCUGUGGUCAGGCUCCGGGACCCAUCACGAUGGACCUGACAGGUGACCUGGAGGCUCUGAAGAAGCAGAACUUUGUGUUGAAAGAAGGGGUCGACUACCGAGUGAAAAUCCACUUCAAGGUCAACAGAGAUAUUGUGUCUGGGCUGAAGUAUGUGCACCAUACCUACAGGAAAGGGCUGAGAGUUGACAAGGCUGUGUACAUGGUGGGGAGCUACGGGCCGCGCACCGAGGAGCACGAGUACAUGACCCCUGUGGAGGAGGCGCCCAAGGGCAUGCUGGUCCGCGGCACCUAUCACAUCAAAUCCUACUUCACAGACGACGACAAGACGGACCACCUGUCCUGGGAGUGGAACCUGAACAUCAAGAAGGAGUGGGACGAAUAGAGAGCCCGCUGCUGCUGCUGCCGCCACUCUGGGGCCCCCUGCUGGGCAGAUGGUGAAAGUUGUGCAAACAGGAAGUUAGGCGAAGCUUAGCGGUUCGGAAAGCCUUUAACUACUCUAGAUUGGUGUAAACUACUUAGCCAGACUGAGGAACAAUGAAAGAUCACGCAAAAAACAAAGACUCGCUUCACAACCUGUCUCGAGACGCAAAAAAGGAGCACUGUCUUUUAAUACGGUCAGAGCAAAAAAUAAAUAAAAAUUAAAAGGUGAAGUUAUUUUGGUCUGUUCAGGUGUUAAUUCACAAUUCUCUAAUUUUAUCUCCUACUAUGUUUCUUCAUUUAAAUGAGCACAUUCUUGCAUUGGAGGUUAAAUACUGCAGUCAGGUUGUUUCUAGCACCUAGAGGCCAGCUAGCUGUAUAGAGUAUAAUUAAUGAAAGAGAACAAUGGACAAAUAGGAUUGAUUAAACCCUUACAUGAGCAUACAUCUAAACUACAGUGGAUUAAUGAAGAUUUUAGAAAAAGUCUUUUCCUCAAAGUUUUGUUUUUGAGCAUAAAUAUUUCUGCUGGUGAGAAAGCCAGUGCUAUGAUUUCUUCUGUCCUGGCAAAGGGCUGUCCUCUGUGACCGUGCUCCCCUGAGCAUCUCUAACCUUCUGUUUCUGCAGCUUUUGCUGAUCUGUUCCUGAUAUAUCUCAAUGGGAGAGAUUAUAUUCACUGUAAAUGACAGCUUAUUAUUUCCAAAUGACAAGAAAGAACUAAUUGAAGAUUAAUAAAAACAAAAAAAAGAUCACACGGAAAUGACGUUCAGUGUCUUUUUACUCAUACUCUAUGGUACCUUAUAUUUUUAACCAAGUGAGGGUACAAAGUUUCACUGCUUUGUUCAUGCUAAUGAUAGCUUAUUCAUGUGGCCAGAAUAGGUUUAAAUGCAAAGAACCUGAACAAAAUAGUUAAAUCUACAAUUUACACUGUUGGCAUCUAAUUUAAAUCCAUAGUUUUAUACAGCAUCUGGUUAUCCCUCAAUUCGGUGCCUUUUAAACGUGUAGAUUACAGCCCUUUGGUGCUUCAGUCUUAUUUUGUUUCACUUUGUCUUGACUCACACAUGCAAUAUUAAAACCAGUCAGGAAAGUGCAGUCUUUAAAAAUGCGAUCUGUUUAAAAAUAAAUCCUGCAAUCGCCACUCGACGGUUGACAGUCAUACUGGACCGAUAUGUGACGAACUCAGUCGUGUGUGGCUGUUUUUCCACUAAAGCCUAGAAAAUUUUAAAAUGUGAAAUAUUCCUUUAACAGACCUUUAAAAUGUAUAUUACUGGGUGAAAGAGUAAAAGAAAACCUAGCUUAAUCUGUUUUGAUCUUUAAAAAAAAGCUAAAUCAUUUGGUGUAGCCUGAAAGUAUAGCUACACUUACUGUAUAUCUCCGUUAGUUCAAUUAACUUCUGUGUAUAUCUUUAACGAAACAUUGUGUAAGCAGUGUAAAUGUACAUUAAAUGUCAUGGAAAAACAAGUUCAGAAACCUAAAAUAUCAGUGGUGUGUCCUGCUGCAUGACUUUCUGGGGGGUGUUUUUUUUAGAUCUCUUGGUGCAUUUGUACAACAUGUAAGAACUGUGCAGAGAGUUUAAAAGUGUGCUUUAAGACUGCAACAUCAUUUCUGUUCUUUUAUACAAAUAAAUUGCUUAUUGUUCCGUGA